ACAAUUAAAGCCGAUGAUUCACAAAGCUGCUGUGCGUGGUCGUGUAGGUGUAGCUUUCGCCGGGGUCUGUUGCAACCUGUCCGAGUUUACAGAGCCCUGACCGAGCGCCUAGGUCCGCGGCCGCCGACCCGCAGCCAUGGCCGAGCGCUUCAAGGUGUCCGCGGCCAGCACCAACGCCUCCUAUGGCACACUGGAGGACGGUAAGGUGGCGGCACCCGGCGCGGACGACGUCAUCACCAUCACGGGCCCUUCUCCCGAGCCGUUCGACUCCGCCCACUCCGUCCUCGGCAAGGCUGAAGAUCAAAAGAAGACCAACGGGAGUGUCGAUCUGCCGGAUAACCAGCCGUUCGCCGUCGACGAGAAUGAGGGCCUGUCCGGAUACGACAAGAACCUUUAUCUCUACAGCGAGGAGCUGGAAGAGCGGCCACGCGUGGUGUCACUGGUCUCACUCGCUGGGAGUGUCGAUCUGCCGGAUAACCAGCCGUUCGCCGUCGACGAGAAUGAGGGCCUGUCCGGAUACGACAAGAACCUUUAUCUCUACAGCGAGGAGCUGGAAGAGCGGCCACGCGUGGUGUCACUGGUCCACUCGCUGGCCAACUACAACGCCAUCAUCCCGUCGGCCAACGACCAUGACCAGAAGCCGGUGCGGCGACAGACCAAGCUCGUGGGCGACAACUGUUCUGGCCUGCUCUAA